UCGCCACUUGCUGCGAUUUCAACUCUUUGGGGAGAAUUUUGCUCCUUUUCUUCUCAUCGGGUGCUUUCUGUUCACCCGUUCGGGGAGCUGUGCUCGAGUGCCAGCUGAUGGCUUUUGUAAUGCUCGUCCUUGCUCAGAUCACUUUUACAUCCCGCCUAGAUGAAGCAAAGGAGAUAAAGCCCUUCGGUUUGAUUGCUCGCAAUGGAAGGGGAGCAGGAGCCCUCCGUGGCCAUGGAAGUGGAGCCCGAAGGCACCAGGGAGCCUGAUGGCAAAGAGCCUCCCCAAGGCUCAGAUGAGGUGGUGGAUAAUCGAAGUUUAGAAGAGAUUUUGGGUAGCAUCCCUCCUCCCCCACCUCCAGCAAUGACCAGUGAACCUGGUGCUCCUCGCCUCAUGAUCACUCACAUUGUAAACCACAACUUCAAAUCCUAUGCAGGGGAGAAAAUUCUGGGACCUUUUCACAAGCGAUUCUCGUGUAUUGUCGGCCCCAACGGCAGCGGCAAAUCCAACGUCAUCGAUUCCCUGCUCUUUGUGUUCGGUUACCGAGCCCAAAAAAUCCGUUCCAAAAAGCUCUCGGUGCUGAUCCACAACUCGGAUGGGCACCAGGACAUCCCCAGCUGCUCCGUGCAGGUUCACUUCCAAAAGAUCAUUGACAAGGAAGGAGAUGAUUAUGAAGUCAUUCCUGACAGCAAAUUCUGUGUCUCUAGAACUGCCUAUAGAGACAAUUCCUCCACCUACUGCAUCAAUGGCAAGAAAAAGACAUUCAGGGAUGUUGGCCUGCUCCUCAGGAGCCAUGGCAUCGACCUGGACCACAACAGGUUCUUGAUUUUACAGGUUGGUGUGUGA